GCUGUCCCGGUCCGCAGCUGGGAGGGAAAAAGAAAGGAGGAAGCCUCACCCAUCAGGUGGCCGGUACUAAGGUGCAGUGCUUGGUGGGGCCUUCAGAACACACCACAACGUAACCUGGCCCGAGUUCCCCAGCUGCUUCCCCAGCUACUCACCUGUUCCCAGAGGGUCCCAGAAAGAGAGAAGGGAGAGGGAGGGGGAGAGACCCCCAGUAAGUCCCCGUGCAGGACCGAAAUGUCUCGGUCCAUGGGCACAGUUUGGAAAAACAAUUUUCCAGACUCGUGGCGAGGGGAAGACAAAGGAGAGGUUAUCGGCAGGGAUGCGCUUGGUGGAGAGGGACGACCUCCUGAUCUUCGGGGGGACCUGACCGCAGGGGAGUUGGUGGGCUUGUUGACCGUGUUGCAGUCACUCGGCAAGUCUUCGCUGGCCAGCAGGAGGACUCUACAUGCUGCACACAGACAGGCCUCUGCUUCCCUCUCCCUUCGGGUUUCCACACUCGCGCCCCUAGACACAGCCCUGCCACCUGCCCCAGUCAGGCACCACUGAGUGCAUGUCCAGGCCCCGCCUGCCUCGCCCUGUGUCUGUUACCUAAUCCCCUCAGGUGACCCGCCCGGGAGUAGGUGCCCACAGCCCCAGGCUCCCUUUGUUCCCAGUCAGCAUCUCCUUGGAAAGUAGUGGCCGCAGCUAGAGGCUCAGGCCUGGCUUCUCUGGGGUCCUCCUUUUGUCCGUUCUUCUUGACAAUGUCCCUGAGUAGGGACACAAACCCGGCAGAAGGCCAGGUCACCCUGAAGGAAGCCCUCUGGCUGCUUGGGUUCUGGGCAGUGCUGGCCUCAGUCCAGUGCUCUCAAGGCCGCCCCUCAUGGCGUUACAUCUCCUCAGAGGUGGUGGUUCCCAGGAAGGAGUUACACCAUGGCAAGGGCGUUCAGAUGCCAGGCUGGCUCUCCUACAGCCUGCAUUUUGGGGGCCAGAGGCAUAUUAUCCACAUGCGGCCCAAGAAAAUCUUUUGGCCUGGACACCUGCUCGUGAUGACUCAGGAUGACCAAGGAGCCUUGCAGAUGGACUACCCCUUCAUCCCUUCCGACUGUUACUACCUCGGCUACUUGGAGGAGAUUCCUUUUUCCAGGGUCACGGUGGACACAUGCUAUGGGGGUCUCCGAGGCUUUAUAAAGUUAGAUGACUUAACCUACGAAAUCAACCCCAUGAAGGAGUCUCAAAGGUUUGAACAUGUCGUUUCUCAGAUAGUAGCAGAUGCCAAUGCAGUGGGACCUAUGUAUCCACUGGGCUACAAAGAGGAAGAAGACCCCCUGUUCUCUCCAGAAGAUGCCAGUGCAGCCCCCAGGAUCGCUAAAGCCUGGCAAACGAUCGUUGUGGAGAUAAGAAGGUGGACCCUGGGGAGACCUGCGACUGUGGCUCCAUUAAGGAGUGUUACAGCAACCCCUGCUGUACCGAUGAAUGUCGGCUUACACCCGGAAGUUCUUGUAGUGUAGACCUGUGCUGUUCAAACUGCAACUAUUCCCACCUGGGACACUCUGCAGGCCAACCCAAAAUAUAUGCGACCUUCCCGAGUACUGCACUGGUACAGAAAGGUUUUGUCCUGGUGAUGUUUAUUUGCAAGAUGGAACCCCGUGCUCCGAGGAGGGCUAUUGCUAUCAUGGAAAUUGCACGGACCGCUCCAUGCAUUGCAAAGAGAUCUUUGGCAGAAAUGCUGUGAACGCUGCAAAUGAGUGCUAUUCUAUCAACAAAAGGGGCCAUCGGUAUGGACACUGUAGAAA